AUGGCGUCUGCGGGGCUUUCUCCUUCGCAACUACACGCAUUAUUUGACAUCCUCACUCAUCACGAGACCUACUCAGAGAUUGAGAACUUCAAGAAUGCAGAUGCCACCGCCAACUAUGGCUUUCCCUUUGUUCAAAAGGGUCCUGGAGACGAAGGCAGCGAUGAGAAGCCAGUUUACGCCACCAAAUCAACCUCUCCCAUCCUUCAACUGUUGUUCCGGAGGUUCAUCCUCACAGUCCCCCCGGCCAAGAAGCUACCAGACGACUUCUGGAGCAUCAAAGUCCAAGGCCUCCUUGUCAAGUUCGCCGAGGCAGGCCUGUCCGAGAGCUAUGAGAAGGGCGCUAUGGGAACUAGGAAGACACUGACUACUGCCUCGUCUGCCCUGAUAGAGACCGUCGCCCGCGGAUGCUUGGGCGGCUAUCCUCGAGAAGGCCGAGUCUAUGGUCAAGCACCCAAGGACUACGACCUUACCUCGGCACGGGACCUCGAACUAGCAUGGGACGAUCUCUGCCGUGACUUGAUCUACGGAGAUCUUCUCGACGAUCUGUACACCUUCUUCUCGGAAUCCAUGGAAGUCGAAGAGCACUCGCCUAAGGUGGCUGCCGGAGUAGAAUAUGUCAUCAUUCUUCUAGGAGCAUUUCUACACCAUGUAUUCAUCGUAUCGGCAGAUGGCCAAUAUCUCCUCAAGCUCAUUGAGAAUGUCCACAAGCUGUUGCCCUAUGCUCUUAUCAAACAGACACUACGCGUCAGUAACGCGGCAACAAUGAUCAAUGCCAUGUCGAGGCUACUCCUAGCAAAGUUGAGCGUCGGUUCAGUUUCGAACUGGCUGGGUCUGACUCAAAAUGCAGAUGAUGGAGUCAACCUGCUGCAGAGGAUCAUAUCUGUCGUGCUCUCAUGGGAUAGUUCGGAGUUCCGCAAGUCGGCCGACAAGAUCGAGAAGGCCAAAGGCGGGCCGACCAAGGAGCAGCUCGGCGCUAUCAAGAAGUACGUGAAUAGCCCGCUGACUGAGCGGGAGCGUAUAUUCAGGACGAGUGUGGAAAAUCGCGAGUCCAUAGUCGUCAUGGUGCUGCGAGAAGCAAAUCCGAAGCUCGCCGAGUCAAUCAGCGACGAGACGCAUGGGCUCUGUCUCGACUACCUCUCUGCUCUUCUUUCCGUUCGAGAUCGCGACGAGAUUACCAAGGUCCUCUGUCGGCAAAACCCAGACCUCUUCACGCAGGCGAUCAAAGACGGAGUUGCCGCUUGCGAGCCCUUAAUACGCGACAUCCACGACAAGGUGGACCUCCGCGAACCGAUUAGCGAUAUGGAGAGCUUUAUCGGCCAGUUCAUUGAGACGGGAAAGCAAGGUUCAUCGGCGAGCAAAGAAGAGACGAGUGUGCCGUCUGUGAAAGACUAUGUUGAGUUGCUCCGUCGCAACAGGAAGAUGGUCUACAAGUGGCUUCAUAACCUCGCGCGAGAGUGUCCCGAUAUCCGAGAGAUGUUCCGCGAGUGGGCCAAGGACACGAUCAAAGUGUUCAGGACGGCCGAUCCCAACACUAUCUUAAACGGGGGCGAGAGCGAUGAAACUGGUGUCAAGACAAAUGGCAACCUGGAAAACCGGGACCUGGAAACAACAAGCCCGUUCGACAGGGGCGCAGGAGCCAUGGACCAGACACUGAACAGGAUCUUUUCUGCACUUGGGGAAGACACUCGGGUCUCGCUACUGCCGCUUCUGGACUCUCAUGCCAAGUAUCUCUCCUCUCUCAACGACGGUUCGUCCGCGCGGAUGCAGCGUAUCCUGGACCAGGUCAGCGGAAAGGAGAAUCCUGGAGACAAAGGGGACAUGGUCGCCGGCCCAGGGCUAUAUCUAUCUCAGUGGCAGAACCUGCUCGACGAGACCCUGAUAACACCAGACUCACCGCAAGGCAAGCCGAGACAUGGCCGCGAUGUCAAGCACGUCACGACUCAGGGGAAGACGGGGGCAAACGGCAGUGGCAGCAGCAAGGGCGGCCAGGACGGCGGAAGUGUUGCAGCCAAACUCCAUUCCGUCAGGAGGGUGCUGAGUCCUGGUGCACCGGAUGUGUCGUUGGUGGUGGACAACCUGGGUGGCGCGUUCCACGAGUAUCUGUCUGGUUUGACGCAGCAGACGACGAGUUGA